CUGCGCUCAUGGCCGGGCGCUCUUUGCUCCCAGUUCCCUCCCAGCGCUCCCAGUAAGAGCGGCACUGGCAGGGAAAGCGCUCCCAGUUCCUGCCCGGGGCUCUCAGCAUCGCUGCCGCUGCUCUCCGUGUCAUUCCCAGCGCUCCCAGUAUCACUCGCAGCGCCGCGCGGCUCGCAGCUGCCCCGACCCCGCCCGGGCCAGAGCGCGGCUGCUUUUGGGUGUCGGCACCUGCCCGGGCCGGGCUGGGAGCGGAGGAGGAGCGGGAAGAGGAGGAAGAGCAGCAGCGGGAGGAAGAGGAGGGACACGGGAGGAGCGGCAGGAAGAAGAGGAGCGAUUUUGGAAUCAGGCGCUUCUGCCGCCCGCCCGCACAGAGCGCAGCUUCCCCCGGGUGCGGCAGCAUCGCCCCCCAAAAACGCCAGGUGAGCGGGGAGGGGGAGCUCGCCCCAAAUCCAUCGUGGGGGGCUCCGGGAGGGUUUUAUUUUGCGCUUCAGGGGAUGUUCGGAUGUUGCCGGAGCCCAAAGCCGAGGCGGGAAUGGCCCUGGCGGGAUCUUGGCGGCUGCCGCGUGGCGAUCGCCCGGAUUUCUCAAAGCUCGGCACUGAGGACGAGGAGGCCAUGAGGACGAGGUCAAUGUCCCGGGAGCCGCAGGCAGACAAGGAGCUGAGCACGGCCAGCAGGGAGGACAAAUCCCCGCGGCACAGCCUCGGGCAAGAGGCCGUUUGCAGCAGCUCCACGGCGCAGGAAUGCAACGGGGAGGAAAAGCCCCGCAGAUCCCGCAGCAGGAGGGGCUGCAAACGCACAGCCCGGGGAUCCCAGCAGGAAAGAGCCAGCCCGGGCCGGGGAGGCGGCCGGAGUUCGGAGCUGGGGCUGCGUGAGCAGCUUCAGCGUGGGGAGGAGCCCCACAAGUGCUUGGAAUGUGGGAAGGGAUUCAGGUGGAGAUCACACCUGACCAACCACCAGAGAGUCCACACGGGGGAACGGCCCUACGAGUGUGAGGAGUGUGGGAAGAGAUUCAUCUACAGCUCAAACCGAGCUGUGCACCGGAGAAUCCAUAUUGGAGAGAAACCCUAUGAGUGUGAUAAAUGCAGGAAGAGGUUUCAGACCAGCUCCAGUCUCGUCGAGCACUAUAGCACUCACACAGAUGAGAGGCCUUAUGAGCGUCCUGACUGCAGGAAGGGCUUCAAGCAAAACUCCAUCCUCGUCCAGCACCGGCGCAUCCACACUGGGGAGAGACCCUACAAGUGUGAUAAAUGCAGGAAGAGGUUUCAGACCAGCUCCAGUCUCGUCCUGCACUAUCGCACUCACACAGAUGAGAGGCCUUAUGAGUGUCCUGAUUGCGGGAAGGGCUUCAGGCAAAACUCUGCCCUCAUCGUCCACCAGCGCACCCACACUGGGGAGAGACCCUAUGAGUGUGAUAAAUGCAGGAAGAGGUUUCAGACCAGCUCCAGUCUCGUCCUGCACUAUCGCACUCACACCGAUGAGAGGCCUUAUGAGUGUCAUGACUGCGGGAAGGGCUUCAAGUACAACUCCAGCCUCGUGCAGCACCGGCGCAUCCACACUGGGGAGAGACCCUACGAGUGUGAUAAAUGCAGGAAGAGGUUUCCGAACAGCUUUUGUCUCCUCACGCACUAUUGCACUCACAGAGAUGAGAGGCCUUAUGAGUGUCAUGACUGUGGGAAGGGCUUCAAGCACAGCUGCACCCUCAUCCAGCACCGGCGCAUCCACACUGGUGAGAGACCCUACGAGUGUGAUAAAUGCAGGAAGAGGUUUCAGACCAGCUCCAGUCUCGUCCUGCACUAUCGCACUCACACAGAUGAGAGGCCUUAUGAGUGUCAUGACUGCGGGAAGGGCUUCAAGCAAAACUCCACCCUUGUCCAGCACCGGUGCAUCCACACCGGGGAGAGACCCUACGAGUGUGAUAAAUGCAGGAAGAGGUUUCAGACCCGCUCCAGUCUCGUCCUACACUAUCGCACUCACACAGAUGAGAGGCCUUAUGAGUGUCAUGACUGCGGGAAGGGCUUCAAGCAAAACUCCAGCCUCGUCCGGCACCGGCGCAUCCACACCGGGGAGAGACCCUACGAGUGUGAUAAAUGCAGGAAGAGCUUUUCGAACACCUUUUAUCUCCUCGAGCACUAUCGCACUCACACGGAUGAGAGGCCUUAUGAGUGUCAUGACUGUGGGAAGGGCUUCAAGCACAGCUCCACCCUCAUCCAGCACCGGCGCAUCCACACUGGGGAGAGACCCUACAAGUGUUCCGAGUGUGGGAAGAGCUUCUCAUACAAAUAUACUUUGACCAGGCACAAACGGAGUCUCCACUGAGAGAAGCCCUGCGAGUGCCCCGAGUGCGGGAAGAGCUUUGUGCCCUGCUCCAGCUCCAUCCCCCAGGGCAGGAUCCGCGCUGGAUGAUCCCCAGUGACCCCCGGUGGGCAGAGCCCCGCUGAGCCCUGGUGCCGCUGAUCUGUGUUGGGAAGACACCUGACUGGGGGCUCCACAUCCUCCUGCCUCCCAUCCCACUCCAAUUCCCAUUCCCACUCUCCUUCCCUCUCCCUGUCCCAUAUUCUCUGCCCGGUUGUCGUUCCCAUAUUCCCAGUCCCAUAUUCCCCGUGUGUUGGGAAGGAUAAGGAUUUGACAGGAAGCUCUCACAGAUAUGUAUGUACAACAUUUCCAUUUUUGUAUUUCCAAUGCAGUUCCCAGAUUCGAAUUUACAUUCCCUGUCCCAUCUUCUAAAUCCCCAUUCCAUAUUCUCUCUCCAAUUGCUAUUUCCAUAUUCCAUGUCCCAUUCCCAUGUUCCCAUUCCCUGUUCCUCUUUCCAUUCCCGAUCUCAUCUCCCAGUCCCCAGUCUGAGUAGUUGCAAUGUGUGACACAGAAGCAUCUCUCAGUCCCUUUGAGAGAGAGCAGAAUGCCAAAUUCGAAUUAAAAAUCUUCUGAAAAAUAAAAUACAUUAAGCCACGGCAAUAGGUUGGAGCUUUAGUUUUGGUAAGUAGUAAUAUUAAGUUGUAUCGACAUGAAGUAGAAGUAUAAAUCUUAGUUUGAAGUAUGUAGAAAUAUGUCUUAAGUGCCUCAAAAAGUAAAAGUCUUAGAGUGUGGUGCUAAAAACAAGCUGCUUAAAAACACAGUUCUAGACAGACUAAAAAUUGAGUUAGAAUAGUUUUUAUAUUCUUCAGAGAGAAAACAAAGGUGAUAUGCACAAGUUAGACAUAAGCUUUGGAAUGGAGAACCAGAAUUCUCAUAGGUUUAGGAGACAUGCUUCAGGUUCCUGUUUUUUGAUCAUUGGAAAAUUUGUCAAAAAAAAUCCAUGUAUUGGAGCCAGAGCUCUCUCUCCCUCCUCUCUCGUUGCUCUCCCUUCCUCCCCCACCAUCAUCAUCACCACUACCAGCACGGGAGACAAGAAGAAGAGGAAGAUGAAGAAGAAGAGAAGAAGAAAGGUGUAAGAGUCCAUCUAAAAGCCUCUCGCUUGCUCUGCCCAACAACCCUCGACUGAGGCCUAAAGAACUGCAGUUUGAAGGCUCUGGCCAGGGAAGAGAAGAAUGCCAAGUGACUGUUCUCAGGUGGUGCCCAUCCCAACCAGGGCAGGUCUGCUCCCACAGGUGUGAGAACAAUGAGCUGGUCACGGUGUGCUGCUCCUACAGAGGCGACUUGCUGCAGAACUGGUCACAAGGACUGUUGGUGUGCCUGGAGCUUGCCAUGGUGCACUGCUCCUGUGUGCCUGGAGCUUGCCAUGGUGCACUACUCCUGUGUGCCUGGAGCUUGCCAUGGUGCACUGCUCCCACCCAGGAUACUUGCUCAGUGUCCUGUUUCCACCUGCUUCUUGGAGCAAUGAUCUCCACAUACAAUAGUCCAUACAUCUCCCCACCAUUUCGCCAGUCGCCCGAUGCCUUGGAAAAGACUAUGAAAGACACCCUCAAACUAAAGGCCCCUGAGAUCUCCCCGGACAGCAAUGGACAUCUAUUGGCUGGUUCCACGAGGAUCGUCUGCUUGUCGUGGUAGCUCUAAUCCCAACCCCUUUUCUCUCUCUCUCUUUUUCUCUCUGUCCCUCUAUCGCAUUUUGUUGGCACUAAAUAAAAGUGCAUCUUUUGCAAAAGUAAA